AUGUCGCUUAGAGAUCCAAUAGUUCGUGCUCAGAUACCUCCCGAUCGAGUGCAAUACUGUGCCAUUGGAGCACCUUCGUCCGUUAUCAUGGUCCGUUCCAAUGAAUCUGGAGAGUUUGCGCUUUUAGUGGUCAGCGUUGUUCUCAUGUCUUUCACGAUUUUCAAUUUUAUCUCGAUCUACUACUACAUUUCGGAAACCAAAGGACUAAGCCUCAAAAAUACGAAGAGACUGGGCUUCAUUCAUUCAAUUCUGCUCGUUCCUCCGGUCUCAUCUGUCCUGGCACUUAUUAUUUGCAUUGCGCCAAGAUUAAAUCUUUACUUGGAUUUUAUCCGAGUAAUGACGUUUGCUUUUUCAAUGAAUGGACUCUUCAACCUGAUUUUUGAUUAUUUCGAAGGAUUCGAGAAUUUUCUAAAAGUGGUGAAAAAGAAAAAAUGGACGAUGCAAGUGUUUAUCUGCCGAUUCUGUUGUUGUUGCUUUCCUCUGCAGCGGAGCAACCGGGCGUGGUUCUCAAAUCUGUGGUGGGGCGCCUACCAGCCACCUCUUAUUCGCGCUGGACUGACUCUGGUCUCUGUUCUACUGCUGGCCGAGGGCUUAGAUUCGACUAUCAUAGGACUGAUGUCACUUUUUAUCAAUCUUUUCAGCACUGCCAUGGGUGUUUUUUGCCUCGCAAUUUUGUCGGAGAACUUGCAAGAUGUGGGAAGCAUGUUUAUGAUUAGAGAAAAAUUCUUCAAUUUUCGGCUCAGUCUUAUCAUCAUCAAUGUUCAACCCCUUGUCAUUGGACUGUGCACACUUCAGUGCGUUUACCCCCUUUCUGGAUCUGUCCGUGGAACUCUGCUUCAUAAUCAGCUGGUCAUCAUCGAAAUGCUUAUGCUCGGACUUUUCCAAAGAUAUCUUUGGAUGUAUUCCUUUACUGAAGAUAGCGAGAUAGAAAAAGCCUCAGAAGAGGAACUCCUUCGAAUUCCCGAAAGCGCUGGACAACGGAUCAGAGGAGGUAGGAACCAGCCACCGUCGAAAAGAACUGAAAUCAAUUCUCACUCAGCCACAGCGUUGCUAACCGAGGUUCUUUGUUGUCAAAUAUAA